CAGUCCAGAGUUACUGCAGUCCUGAGGUGAAUCAGUCCAGAGUUACUGCAGUCCUGAGGUGAAUCAGUCCAGAGUUACUGCAGUCCUGAGGUGAAUCAGUCCAGAGUUACUGCAGUCCUGAGGUGAAUCAGUCCAGAGUUACUGCAGUCCUUAGAAACGAAGAAGGUGUUUGUCUGCCAAUCCUGUCCCUCCCCCUGGCUACAGAAAGGGGUGUGUCUGGUCAUCCGGUCCCUCCCCCUGGCUGCAGGCUGUAGAAAGGGGUGUGGACUGUCCUGAUGGAGGCGGGACAGCCAUCACCUGACAGCAGUAGUGAAGAGUGUACAGUACUGGAGGCUCUACCAGACAAGGGACUGGCCUGUCACACACACACUGGCAAGGUGACGGAUCUGUACUGUUCAGGGUGUGAGGUGUGUGUGUGUGAGGUGUGUGUGUCGGGGGAGCACGCAGACCAUCCCACGCUACCUUUAUUAGACUUUCUGGAGACACACAGAGACGGUCUGCAGGAGAGACUGACUGCUGCACAGAACAGACUGCCUCAGAUCUCGGGGGCCCUGGUGUCUCUGAGAGAGAUCCUAAAGCAGCUGACCAAUCAGAGAGAUUUGAUUGAGGAGGACAUCCACGUCAGCUUUGAAGAGCUCCACAAGACCCUGGACGUCAGGAAGAGUGUACUACUGAUGGAGCUCGAGGUCACCUACGGACUGAAACAGAAGGUUCUGCAGGCCCAGCUGGACACCCUGCUCCAGGGCCACAGGGGUAUCGCUGACACCUGUACCCAGACAGAGGAGGCCCUGAGCGGGAAGGCCAACGCCGCGAGCCUGCAGGCUGAGAGAGGCCUUGGGGAGAGGCUGGGGGAGCUGGCCAGCCAAGGGUUACCAUUCCAGGCUGAGGAGAAUGAUCAACUGGACUUAGUGAUGGAGGCAGAGCGACUGAGGAAGUUGAUCCACAACCUCGGGACAAUUGUCACUACCAGCGCGGUGGCGAGCCAGAGUGAGGCGUCGGGUGUGGGGCUGGAGCAGUGCAUCGUGGGUCUCCCAGCCUGCGUAACCAUAACGACCAGAGACAAGGCCGGGGGACACUGCAGGACCGGCAACGCCAUCCUGUCUGCUGAGGUGUGUACUCCAGAUGGCAGCGUGGCGGACGGGGAGAUACUCGACCACAAGAACGGGACAUAUGAUUUUGUUUACACUGUAAACAAGGAAGGGGAGUUCUCAUUGGCUCUCCGGCUCUAUGACCAGCACAUCAAAGGAAGUCCCUUCAGACUCAGAGUUACCAGGUCCCCAGACCCUGAGGUGUCUCCCCCCAACACCACAGCCACCUCUCUGGCGGCCACCGCCACCCCGUCUACAGGCUCCUCUGAGGGGGCUAAGCGGAGAGGAAAGUCCCCUGGGUCCGGGAGUAAGAAGAAGGGGUCCAGGAGGACAGGCAGUGCCCUGGGGACACCCAGACGCAAAGAGAACCCCAUCGAAGAUGACCUCAUCUUCAGGAUCGGUACCAAGGGGAAGAAUAAAGGAGAGUUCACUAACCUGCAGGGUGUGUCGACGUCCUCCAAUGGCAGGAUUCUAAUAGCAGACAGCAAUAACCAGUGUGUUCAGAUCUUCUCUAAUGACGGCGAGUUUAAGAGUCGUUUUGGGGUGAGGGGCCGGUCGCCAGGUCAACUCCAACGACCAACGGGUGUGGCCGUUCACCCCAACGGUGACAUCAUCAUCGCCGACUACGACAACAAGUGGGUCAGCAUCUUCUCCAGCGAGGGCAAAUACAAGGCCAAGCUGGGCUCUGGUAGGCUGAUGGGACCGAAGGGCGUGUCCGUGGAUCAGAACGGUCACGUAAUCGUUGUGGACAACAAGGCAUGCACCGUCUUCAUCUUCCAGCCAACCGGCAAGCUCGUUACUAAGUUUGGUAGCCGCGGCAACGGAGACAAACAGUUCGCAGGUCCUCAUUUUGCAGCCGUCAACAACAACAAUGAGAUCAUAGUGACAGACUUCCACAACCACUCAGUCAAGGUAUUCACCCCAGAGGGAGAGCUGCUGCUGAAGUUUGGAACUAAUGGAGAGGGCAACGGUCAGUUUAAUGCUCCUACAGGCGUGGCCGUCGACGUGAACGGGAACAUCAUCGUAGCCGACUGGGGCAACAGCCGCAUUCAGGUGUUUGACGGUAGUGGCUCCUUCCUGUCCUAUAUCAACACAUCAGCUGACCCUCUCUACGGACCUCAGGGUCUGGCUCUCACGUCUGAUGGACACGUGGUGGUGGCCGACUCUGGGAACCACUGCUUCAAGGUCUACAGAUACCUACAGUAGUGGGAUGGAGGGAGGCGUGUAGAGAUGGACAGAACUACUGUUCAAAGAUCUACAGAUACCUACAGUAGUGGGAUGGAGGAACGGAGGGAGGGGUGGAGGAAUGCAGAGAUGAAUGGACAGAACUACUGUUCAAAGAUCUACAGAUACCUACAUUAGUGGGAGGGAGGGAGGCGUGUAGAGAUGGACAGAACUCAAGGUCUACAGAUACCUACAGUGAACUUAAACUAUGGCCAAUAUAAUCAGUUCCUCUCUCUGCUCUGACGACAUGUCACUCAUCUGCAAUACUAUUGGCCAGAGGAACAAAACGAGAACAUCUAUUGGCCAACUUCAAAACAAGACCUGGGACCUAACUCUCGGCUCGCCAGACACGGCUCGAUAUGAAACCAACGUCAGCCUGUGUAUCUGCUCUUAAACUCACGUACUGCUGUGGAUUCUACAAAAUAAUGAUAUAGAUUGUUCGAUUGAGGAUUGUCGUGUGCUAAAUCAAUAAGGAAUGUUCAAGAACGUGGCUAUGGUUAUUCUAAUAGUCCACAGGUACAGUAUAUCAAUGAAUCCAUCAAUCAAUCAAUUCAUUAUUGGUUGAUUGAUUGAUGGAUUGAGGUAACAGGCAGCUUGCGACGUUACGGUUGGAUGAGGUAUAUAUUCAACCAUCUAUUUUUUUCCGGAAAAAAAUUAUGUUGCGUCCCAAAUUGCUCCCUAUUGGCCUGGGUCAAAAGUAGUGCACUACAUAGGGAAUAGGGUGCUGUUUGGGACAUAUUGGGUCUGAUCAAAGAUAGUGCACUACAUAGGGAAUAGGGUGCUGUUUGGGACAUAUUGGGUCUGAUCAAAGGUAGUGCACUACAUAGGGAAUAGGGUGCUAUUUGGGACGUAUUGAGUCUGAUCAAAGGUAGUGCACUACAUAGGGAAUAGGGUGCUGUUUGGGAUAUAGACGCAGUCGCAAGAUAAAAUGGAAGAGUAUAUAUAUUUGUGAAAUUAUAUUUACUAUUAAUACUGAUCAAUAACCGUUUGCAAACCAGGAUUCAUCAGUGACGUUUUCAACCCCCUCAUUAGAAAAUACCUAUGGUUCGAUUCAAUCCGUAUCGCUGAAGUUCAGCGCUAUAAUGAGAUUGUAAUUUCUGAUUGAGCCAACAUAUACAGCCGUGAAUGCAGUCUCCAUGAAAGCGGGAAUAUUGCCUUUUGAGUUUCUAUUGUGCUGUAGUGCGUGUCUUCAGCGCUACGGAUUAUAUCGAACCCGUAAAUGUUUGAUUACUCGCCAAGAAUGAGUAAACCAGUUGUUUUAUUAUUAUGUGCACUGUUGCUUGUCAGUACGAUAAUAGAUCACUCAUAGCGGAAUACCGGUGGAUUCUAGAAAAAUACCAGUGUUCUAGAAGCAUGCUUCUUCAUUUUAUUGACUGUAUCAAUCUGUUAGCAUCCGACAAACAAUGAUCUUUUACAACCAUAUCUAAGAGUUACACAAUUCUAGAAAUCCCCCCCCCCCCAAUUCCAUGCAGGUUUUCCAGACAUCCUGGUUGUAAGAGUCCUUGAAUGAGGAGGGAAUAGGCAGGAAACCCCGGGAAUCUUUCAACUGGGAUUUCUGGAAAGUUUGCAUGGAAAUGUGGUAAUUUUAGAACCCGAUAAAUCAUAUCAUACUCUAACAUCUGGUUAAUGGGAAGGAUUGGAUGAGGAAUCUGGUUAACGGGGAGGAUUGGAUGAGGAAUCUGGAUAGUGGGAAGGACUGGAUGAGGAAUCUGGUAAACGGGGAGGCUUGGAUGAAUCUGGAUAGUGGGGAGGAUUGGUUGAGGAAUCUGGAUAAUGGGGAGGAUUGGUUGAGGAAUCUGGAUAGUGGGGAGGAUUGGUUGAGGAAUCUGGAUAGUGGGGAGGAUUGGUUGAGGAAUCUGGAUAAUGGGGAGGAUUGGUUGAGGAAUCUGGAUAGUGGGGAGGAUUGGUUGAGGAAUCUGGAUAGUGGGGAGGAUUGGAGGAAUCUGGAUAAUGGGGAGGACUGGUUGAGGAAUCUGGAGAAUGGGGAGUAUUGGAGGAAUCUGGAUAAUGGUAAGGAUUGGAUGAUGAAUCUGGAUAAUGGGGAGGAUUGGUUGAGGAAUCUGGAUAAUGGGAAGGAUUGGUUGAGGAAUCUGGAUAAUGGGGAGGAUUGGUUGAGGAAUCUGGAUAGUGGGGAGGAUUGGAGGAAUCUGGAUAAUGGGAAGGAUUGGAUGAUGAAUCUGGAUAAUGGGGAGGAUUGGAUGAGGAAUCUGGAUAAUGGGGAGGAUUGGAUGAGGAAUCUGGAUAGUGGGGAGGAUUGGAGGAAUCUGGAUAACGGGGAGGAUUGGAUGAGGAAUCUGGAUAUUGGGGAGUAUUGGAGGAAUCUGGAUAAUGGGAAGGAUUGGAUGAGGAAUCUGGAUAAUGGGGAGGAUUGGAUGAGGAAUCUGGAUAAUGGGGAGGAUUGGAUGAGGAAUCUGGAUAAUGGGGAGUAUUGGAGGAAUCUGGUUAAUGGGAAGGAUUGGAUGAGGAAUUUAGAUAAUGGGAAGGAUGAGGAGUCAGGUUAAUGGGAAGGACUGGAUGAGGACUCAGGUUAAUGGGAAGGACUGGAUGAGGACUCAGGUUAAUGGGAAGGACUGGAUGAGGACUCAGGUUAAUGGGAAGGACUGGAUGAGGACUCAGGUUAAUGGGAAGGACUGGAUGAGGACUCAGGUUAAUGGGAAGGAUGAGGACUCAGGUUAAUGGGAAGGACUGGAUGAGGACUCAGUUUAAUGGGCGGGACUGGAUGAGGACUCAGGUUAAUGGGCGGGACUGGAUGAGGACUCAGGUUAAUUGGAAGGACUGGAUGAGGACUCAGGGGUUGUGUACCAAGUGGAACACUGUUUCCCAGAGCCCUAUGGGCCUUAAAAGUAGGACACUACAUUGGGAAUAGGGUGCUAUUUAGAAUGCUAGCUUUCACACGCGAGGCUCGUCCACGUUUCCAACGCUACAGGAAGUAAUGAGAACAAUACUGAACACCAUGUCUCUUCACGACGUGAAUCACUUGUGUUUCUGUUAUUAUUUGAGGUUAUUUAUUUGUCUUUUAUAACGCUAUUUGUUUAUUUAAUGUAUUAAUGUAUUAACUUAUUUAUGUUUUCAUGUAAAUCAUGGGAGUGUUCAGAGCCCAUUGUACAUGUUCUCCUUAAGCAUUAUCAGGCCUUUUCAUUUCCCCCCCCCGUCUUUCAUCUGCGAUGCGAUGGACCACGUUAGGACAGACUGUUUUACGAUUGCCUUUCUUGACGAUCGUCUUGUUUUUCGAGAAAAGAUUUGUAACGGAACGAAUGAACGAACCGACUUGUUUCAAUUGUUCUUCUUCUGGAAUGUUCCUCUCAUUGUUCGAGACACGCAGCCUUACAUUCAGUCGUAUUGCCAUGUCACACGAAUGUUAUUUUGACGUUAUUUUAGAAUUGUUGUAAACGAUAUAGACAGGUAACUUUCUCAGUACCCUAGGGUUUUAGGUUUAUAGGUUAUACUCUAUGUCUGCCUCUGAAAUGGCAUCCUAUCCCCUACGUAGUGCACUACUUUAGAGCAGAACCCUAUGUGAUAAGUAGUGCACUACUUUAGAUCAGAACCCUAUGUGAUAAGUAGUGCACUACUUUAGAUCAGAACCCUAUGUGAUAAGUAGUGCACUACUUUAGAGCAGAACCCUAUGUGAAAAGUAGUGCACUACUUUAGAUCAGAGUCCUAUGUGAUUAGUAGUGCACUACUUUAGAUCAGAGUCCUAUGUGAUAAGUAGUGCACUACUUUAGAUCAGAGUCCUAUGUGAUAAGUAGUGCACUACUUUAGAUCAGAGCCCUAUGUGAUAAGUAGUGCACUACUUUAGAUCAGAGCCCAAUGUGAUAAGUAGUGCACUACUUUAGAUCAGAGUCCUAUGUGAUAAGUAGUGCACUACUUUAGAUCAGAGUCCUAUGUGAUAAGUAGUGCACUACUUUAGAUCAGAGCCCUAUGUGAUAAGUAGUGCACUACUUUAGAUCAGAGUCCUAUGUGAUAAGUAGUGCACUACUUUAGAUCAGAGUCCUAUGUGAUAAGUAGUGCACUAUAGGGAAUAGGGUGCCAUUUGGGAAGCAGUAUUUAUAAUGGUUAAAAUCACUGUUCUUCAAUCCUGGUCCCUGGGACCCACAGGGUGUGCAGGGAUUAGUUCCAACCCAGCACUAACACAACUGUCAACAGCUAUAGUCAAAGUCUGGAUGAUUAGUUGAUUUUUAACCUUUAUUUAACGAGGCAAGUCAGUUAAGAACAAAUUCUUAUUUACAACGACGCUCUACCCCGACCAAACCCGGACGACGCUGGGCCAAUUGUGCGUCGCCCUACGGGACUCCUAAUCACAGCCGGUUGUGAUACAGCCUGGAAUCAAACCAGGGACUGUAGUGACACCUCUACCACUGAGAUGGAGUGCCUUAGACCGCUGUGCCACUCGGGACCCCCUGAUUAGCUGUAUCCAGUCUGUUAACAUCUAUAGUCAAAGUCUGGAUGAUUAGUUCAUUAGCUGUAUCUGGUUAGUUAGUUAGUGCUGGGAUGGCACUAAAACCUGCACAGUACCGGGGUCGUUGAACACUGAUGACAUCACUUCCUUGGUGACCUUCAAGUCUUGUUUCCUGGUACUAAAACAUGACCCAUUAAUAAAGCAUUGAUUCAAUA